AUGUUAUUUCUUUUAUAUUUGCAUGAUUUUUAUGAACAAAAAUUUCCAUUAAAUAUAUUUAUUAAAGAUAUAGAAGAUUUUAUUCAUAACAAACAAAGAUAUUCAGAUAGUCCCGAUUUAAAAGAUAUUAUAAAAGAAAAUAAUGUAGAACUAACAAAUAUUGGUUGCGCUGUUUAUAGAGGUUAUACAUAUUUAUCUGCUCUAAAUAAAGAAAAUAGUAGAAAAUUUUGCAAUUAUUUAAAUCUUUGGCUAGAUGAGCAAAAGAACACACAUUUAACAGUUAAACGAGAUAUUAAUGAAGAUAAAUGGGUACUUAUUGAAAACUUAUGCAAUAAAUUAAAUGAAAAAGAGGGUGGAAAUCGUCCAUGUGAAAGACAUCGUAAAGAAAAAAAUGCAACAGAAAUUACAAAGAGGAAGAAUUUGAUGGUGUAUUGCGCAAAAAGGGAUUUUUUUAAAGGUUUAUGCGUAGAAUCCCAAAGAAAGACAACUAUUAUUAAUGAUAAAUGUUUAUUAUUUUAUAAAUUGACAAAUGAAAAUUAUACAAAAUUUUAUAAUGAAAUUAGAUGUUUUGAUCAUUCCCUUGAUCAUAAUGAUUAUAGGUAUUAUAUCUCUGAAGACUGUGAUUUAAAUAAUAUGGCCAAAACAUUCCCAACAUUCAAUGUAGAAACAUAUGAAAUUGAAUAUAAUGAUAAAUCAAGAAUACAAAUAGAAAAGUGCCCAAGUACAUCUGUCGUAACAGGUGUUGAUCAUGCUAGUGCGAAUAGUCGCCACCUUAUAUUAGAUAGUGAUGAAAAUGAAAUUACACGUGUAGUUCAUCAUACACCUCCAGUACAACCUUCAUUCGAUAAUAAAGCUUCAAAACCUAUUUACUAUGCUGGGUUGUCAGCAUUAGGAAUUGCUUUCACUUCCAUGGUUUUGUAUAAAGUAUAA